AUGUCAAAGAUUCUUACAGUUUUCGGCGCCACUGGCAACCAGGGCGGUUCAGUCGUCCGCGCCAUCCUCAACGACCCCGCUCUCUCCAAAGAGUUCAAGAUUCGUGGCAUCACCCGUGAUGUCUCCAAGCCAGCUGCCAAAGAGCUCGCCGCAAAGGGUGUUGAAGUCGUUUCUGCCGACAUGAACACAGCCGAACAAGUCGCUCCCGCCGUCAAGGACGCUCACACUGUCUUCCUGGUCACAAACUACUGGGAAACUAACAGCGGAAAUGGCGAGAUUGCCCAAGGAAAGGCUGUCGCUGAUGCUUGCAAGACUGCAGGUGUGAAGCAGCUUAUUUUCUCAUCUCUUCUCGAUACCAACAAGAUUAGCAACGGUCGUCUUACCCACAUCAAGCAUUUCGAGGGCAAGGCCGAGAUUGAGGAGUACAUCCGUCAGAUCAACGUUCCCGCUACUUUUGUUCUCCCUGGUUUCUUCGCUUCCAACCUAUUCACCUCGAUUCGAAAGAAUGAGGAUGGUAGCUAUGCUUGGGCUCUGCCUGGCCAUGGUGAUAAGACUCAAGUACCUAUCUUUGAUGUCCAGGCCGAUAUGGGCAAAUUUGUCAGGGCUGCCAUCAAGAACUUCCCCGGUACCAUCAACAAGCGCAUCUUUGCAGCCACAGAUUACUACACUCCCAACCGAAUCGUCUCCGAGUUUAGCGAGGUUAUGGGCAAGCCUGCUAUUUUCAAUCAGGUUCCCGCCGACGUAUUCAAGACAUUUCUUCCCGCAGCUAUUGCGGACGAACUGACAGAGAACAUGAUGCUAUUGGAGGACCCCGGCUACUAUGGUGGGGCUGACCUGAAGGAGAGCUUGGACAUGCUUGAUGAGAAGCCGAUUACUUGGAAGGAGUUUGUUGAGAAGAACAAGUCCAAGUGGGAGUAA